CCCUCCCUCCCUCCCUCCCUCUAGAUUUCUCCAGAUUUCUUUAGUGGAUGAGUGAAUGCUUUUUGGUGACAUUCAUUUUAACUGUGCAUUCCCCUCCAAAUGCUAUCAUCGGGUCAUCUCCUCACAAUUCCAAUCCAUUUCCGAGUUUGGCAAGACCGUCGCAUCUAAAAGAGACGAGACAAGACCCCCUUCCCUUGCACCCGCUGCCAGAAAGAAAGGAAAAAGAACACCAACCAAAACAUCCCUGGCCCUGGUCUUGUCCCGCUACAAAGUCGCCCGACUCUGCCGCUUAUUCUUGCAGUGAGAUAGUGGCCCAGUUUUUCCCCGGCUGCAGGCUGUUGUCCACUGUGACUUCCAUUGCUCCCACCCACUCUUUUUUUCUCUGCCCGGGCUCUCUUCCUCCUCGUCUCUUCCCAGCCAUUUAUCUCCAUCAAACAUCGAUUAUCUAUCGAUCAGCAAGUGAAAUCGAUCCUUCUCUCGACCAACUACCGAAUCCUCCUGGGUCUUCUGAUCUCAUUGUUCUCCUUCAGACGGAAAACAACACAAAGAAGAGAGGUUGGGCUUGGCUUCGGUCAGACUUUGUUUAUUCCCCUCUACUCAAAGCGGUUUGGUGACGACACGACUCUUUCAAUAGCGUAUUGCACAAACGCAAGCCAGCCUUGGCUAAAGACAGGCGACAGACAGACACGGCAUUUCCUUUCCAGGUCGCUUCCACGCUGUACAUACCUACCUCCCCAAGCCUUGUCUUGUCUUGCCUCCCUCACAUACACAGACACACACAGACACACACAUACAUACAAAGGACACCUCCCGCCCCCCCCGGUUCCACUGAACACAACCUUAAUCCUCGUCUCUCGUUACUGUCUGUGUCUGUAUCGUAUCUUUUCCUCCUACGAUCCCGUCGCUCGUUUUCUCCCUUCGACACCGAUCUCGACCUCGACCACGACCACGACUUGGACUAUCGAACUCUCCCAACUGGGCUUAACUGACCCUUAAUCUUCGUCAAAAUGGCCCAACAAGGAGCUGAAGCCCCCGUCACCACCAUCGUUCCCUUCAACAACCAGAAGGUCCUUCCCGCUUGCGCCGCCGCUUGCGGUCCCCUCUACGAUGCCAACGGCGCCUGUGUUCCUCCUCAAGUAGCCGCUGAUGCUGGCCCAGCCGCUUACACACAAUGUUUCUGUCUGGAUCAACGAGUCGCUGCUUUCUCGACCGCCACUACGGGUGUCUGCGAUGACGCAUGUACUGCAGAUCCCAAGGGCCUUUCAUCCAUCGCUGGCUGGUUUCGAAGCAUGUGUAGCGUCUCCACAGCUCAAAAUGGAGGAACAACCAAGAAAACUGGAACUGGCGGCUCUACGACUUUGACAGGUGACAAUGCUUCAUCAACAUCUGGUAGCAAGCUAUCUAACAAUGGAGGUGGUGGUGAUUGGAUCUCCAACCAUUGGCAAUGGGUUAUCAUGAUUGUUGUUCUCGUUGUCGGUAUCGCAGCCAUUUGGAUCGGCGCCUGCAUCUGGCGUCGUCGUUACCUGCGCAAGAAGGAUCGUCAGACUCACCUCGGCCAAAAGCACUCUGGAUCUGCAUCUCGACCAUCGUGGGGUCCCGGCAUGGAAGCCUCAGAGUCCGGAGGUCUUCCCUACGACGAUGAAUCGAACCGAAACUCUCACGGCCUCAUGCUACCGGGUGCUGCCGCCGGUGCUCCCGUGGAGGAGAAGCCCAAGGAGAAGAAGCGAUGGAUCGUCCGCGACCGAACAUGAUACCUACUUCGUGCUCGACUUUGUUAACGCCAGUUCCGAUCUCAUAACGACUCUCCUUGUCUUGUCCGAGUUAAAAAGCACUUCGACAUUCUGUUCGCCUUACGAUAUAAACCGUGCAUUUAUUCAUUUAAACGGCCUUACUCUAUUCGAUACCAUCGAAAACAUAUGACUUUUAGUUGGUGAGGGGGGCUACAUCAGCACUUGAAAGAGGAGGAAACGAAUGCAUUUGGUAAUGACCAUAGGAACAUGCAGACACUUGAUUAUUCAAGCAUGGUUGAAAGAUGCCGUCUGCAUCAUCUUUUGUGGUCCAAUGCUCCCGCGUUUGUUAGUAGCAGUCGUGCUGUGCCCCCUGUGGCGUUCUCGUUCAUAUUUUAGGUGUAUCCUGGCGUUGGGAGGAAGAGGAGGGUUGGCGUAUCCUCCUGAUUUGUUGUUUCUGUUUCCGUUUUUGUGGUGGCUGUUACCACGGAGCGAGUCUCGCCUCCAUUCCCAGCAUGCAAGUGGAAUGUGACGUUGGCUCUACCACGAGGCGAGGAAGGGAAAAAACGAAGCUGUUCUAUUUGUUUUAUUUAGACCAGAACAGACAUACUCUCUGGUUAGUUAUUUGGUCAUCUUUAUUACCUACAGCUUCCUCGGCAUGGGAAGAGGUUUGGAGUCUAUCCUUGAUACAGCAUUUACAAUUCAACCACCCGCGAAAUCUUCUACUCGCAGUUACCAGUUCUUCUUAGUGCGAUACGUUCCCCUCAACUUGGUGCAAUGUUGAUCUACUCAUGACUCAUAAUGCUAAGGUCUUCCCAGCAACGCCUCAAUGUCAACAAAUCGGAGAGCCUAAUAUGGACAAUUUCAUUUUGGCUUUUGGCUCAACAAUGUUAAUGCUACAACGCUUAAAGAUGCUUGUUAUUAACCUAAUCAGGAGAAUGCUAUAGUAGUAGUUAAUGCGUGGUAUUGUAUGCUUGAUUCAAGCCCAUGCCCAAUCCUCAGGUCCCAUCAUCGCUCCCUUCUCUUAAAAUGGCUCUAUGUCUUGUUCUGUUCCUCAGUAGCGUCCAUGUAUAAGUCGAUCAGGCAUCCUGCCGACCAAGCCUGUGUGGGACUCUAUAUAGGGAUUAAUAUACGAUCAAAGUGUUCACAU